AUGGCGUCUACAACUCCAGCCACGUCCAGCACCUCGCCGAUCUCGUCGUUGAGGACCCUCCCAUCCCAGAGACAUCAUUACGCUCGCGCAACGAGCGAUUCGUCUGAAGCAGAGUCCAUACCAACAUUGCCAAUCCAAAAGCCAGAUCCGGAGCCAGAGACUGAAUCUAAGGUCGACGUAGAACCAAUAACGGAGCCAGAGGAAGAGACUGAGAAGGAAUAUGAAAACGACAAUGAGAAGGACGACGACACCACCGUGCAGGCGGAGGACGAGGGGAAAGAGGUGGAUACAACACUAGAGCCAUUCAGUGGUCUUGAAGUCGUCGAGGUAUCGGACGAAAAGAUGAUUGCUCUUCCAGACAUCAGCGAAUACUCAACGUUAGAAUUGACGGCCACGCUCUUCCCUUCCUAUGGAAAGGACCCAUACGACUUCCACCACCAAGACUACUCGACCCUCGAACUACCGACGUCUAUGGACCUUCCCACCUCGCCUAUGUCAAACUACCCUUCCCUUCGCCGUCGCUCCUCAAUGCCAUCGCGCUCAGGCUCGCGUUCAUCGUCCGUUCUCGAUAAUCCACUACCCCCACUACCAUCCAUCCCCAACAAGCCACCCGGCCCGCACCGCAAAGCGUCAGAACAAACUCUCGGGACGCUACACCGUUCAAACCAAUCAGUGCGAUCCCAUAUCUCUCUUCUGCAAACCCCAAGGAGGAUAAAAGAAUGUGGUGUAUGGUUCGACCGCAGAUUCUAUGCUGGUGAAGGUGGAAUGGAGAUAUGGAUGUCUAGAAACCGAACGUGGGUACGUGAUAUGCGGUGGGAGGUUAUAUGCGGAUCUAGUCGGGUGUUGGCUAUAAGAGGCAACCCAAAUAGUUGGGGGGAGAAGAGGGAAUUCUGUGACACGAGGGGGAACCUGUUGUUUAAGACUCGGAAACAGGGUGGGAAAGGAAAGAGAAGGGUUGCGGUCAGUAAACAGGGCCAGGUUGUUUUUGCUGUUAGCAGGGACCCGGAUACCUUGAACGCCUCGUGGACUGUGGAAUUUACCAACGCGAGGGAUAAGCGGACAGUUAAAUGGAAUGUUCGGGGCAGUGCUUCGACGAACGAUGUUUAUGUUAAUUGUUAUGGCGUUCCAAUUGGUCGAAUAUCUAGGCCGGAGGGUGGCGUCAAAGAAAUGGCUAAGGAAAAACAUAGUUAUGUUGUAAAAGUGUCACCCGGCAUCGACUACACAGUUAUGGCAGCUCUGACAGUGGCGUAUGACGAUCAUCGAAUGGAAGGCGGGAAGACGAUAUUAUAG